AUGUGUACACUUUGUCAAAAAUGUCACGAUGCUCUAACGAAAGGACACAUUCCAAAAUUUUCAGCUGCCAAUGAUGUAUGGUUAGGUGAUGUGCCGGCUGAAUUACAAGGUCUAACGAUUCCAGAAGCAAAAUUUAUAUCGCUUUAUCGUCAUAAUAGCUGUGUCAUAAAACUUCAUUCGCCUUUUCAUUCAGUUACUACUUCACAAGCAGCAUUGAAAGGCAACUGUAUAACUUUUCCUCAAAAUAUACCAAAUAUUGUUACUAGCCUACCACUUGUACUUGAUGAUCUGUGUGAUACACUUAAAGUGAUUUUGGUUGGAGCUCGUCCACCUGAACAUAUUCAUCCUCGAAAAAUCUUAACGGUACGCAAGAAAAAAAUUAUUCAGGCAUUGAAUUGGUUAAAGCAACAUAAUGUUCUCUAUCGAAACAUCGAGAUCAAUCUAGAGAAUAUUGCUCAACUACCCGACGACGACGUACCGGAAUCCAUCAUGUCAGCAAUGGAACAGAAAAUAGGUGUUGAAGAAACUGAUUCUGAAAGAGUUGGGUAUAUUCCUGAUCCAUUAUCAAACCCAACAGAGUACAGGGCGCUUCCAUGGUACUUGUGACACGAUAUACACAACGUUCACCAAAUCGUUUGAAACUUUUAGGGCUUAAGUAAUAAUCACUUCUAAGACUUUUUUGUUCUUGGACAAAAGUUAUACGACGUCUUGUUGAAGAGCUGUAGCCCAAAUACCAAGUACCCUCCGGAACGGUUUUUUAAAGCACCUUAUUCUUUGUAACACACGUAGUUUUGCACUACUUUGUGCUAUAGAAAUUCUGAUGAUAGAUUUGGAUUUCUUAUCAUCAGGGCUAUCAGAAUCACUAUUUUUUUAAAGUUUUUGGAUGCGUCUCAGAACGACGGGCCUCUGGAAACUCUUUUCAAUAGCCGAGUAUUCCAGGCCCAAAAACUCCAUAAAUAGAGAACUCUAAACUUCGUGAAAUAUCUCAUUUGAUAGAGCAUCAAAAGAUCUAUCGAACCAUAUGUGCGCCGUCGGGGGGGGGGGGGGGUGAGAUUUCACCGAGAACGGGUCUCUAGAAAACCAACAUAGGUUUUUGAAAAAUCAUAACUAUUUUUUGGUCAAAUUGAACCAAAAAUAUCUGAAAAAACUUUGUUUUAUGGAUCAUGCCGUAGCGGUACGUAGAAGAUCGCUUAGAUCCAGCGAGAUUCUACAAAGAUCUCUGGAGAACUAUCUUGAAUCUAUGCUAUUUUCCAUUGAUACAUAUGUCUUAAUAGAUCAGUACAGCAAUGUUAAUAUUUUAAUUAUUAGAAAAGCCGUGUUUUGCAAGCAUGAGAAGAAGAAAAAAACCGGGGAAGAACUUGUUAAAGUGUGAAUGUUUUUGACUCUGAGCUACUGGAUGUUUUGCGGCAAUUGAUACGAUUCACUGCCAAAGGAUCAAAUUGAUGAAAACUACGAAUUCCGUGAAUCCAACCUGUCAAAAAAGGAAGGAAAUCGUUUAUCAAUGUUAGAAAGGAUGAUCUGACCUUUGACAGCCUUUUGAGCCAGUCGUUUGCUCAGAUUCAUAGACUCAGAGUUUAGCUAUAUAUCUUGCCGACUAAGAUAAAAGACAUUGAUCUUGGUGUCGGUUGAGGCGAAUUGAUAAAGCUCUUGUGGCGUUAGGAUGGCAUCUGUUCGUCGUCCACUGAGUACUCGACAAGUUGCACGGUAUUUCAGAGCUGCCCCGAUCCCGUCAACUGGACCUUUCCCAUGUGCUGUAGCAGAGAAUGUUCAUGCGGCAGGAAUUCCGAAGUCACUCUCGUGAUAAGUUAAAUUCAGCAUCGAUUUAUUGCUCUUGAAGUGUUGAGGAGCUCCAUCGGUGAUAUAGUUAACUCGUUUCACGGUGGAAUAGCGAUGUCGAAUGAAUUGAACAAUUACACUUUGAGCAGCAUGAACAAAAUCAAUAUUAUGAUCAAGGUGAUCGCUAACAAAAGCGAGGGUGUGCUGAAUGGUCUUGUCUACAGUGAUGUGUACCGUAAAAAUGGUGGCUUGUGAGGUUGUCCAGUGAGCUUGCUGGAUCUCGUGCUGAACAAUCAGCGAAUAAUUUUCCGCAAAGUCUAUUUGGAUUACCGCUGUUCCAUUUGCACGAGCUUCUUCUUUAAUCUUUUUAAUGUACUCUUGCUGUUGACGAGUGCAGUAGUGGUGGACAGCAAACUUUGCCCACUUGACAUCGAACUCCUCAAGCAGAUCACGAAUCGAGCCGCUGACACGUUGCAUUGAGAUCUUUGCAACUGUGGUCGGCUCGUCGUCAGCAUCACCCACCCUCUUCGACGAUACGGGCUGGAGAGAAUCAACUUUAGAUUAUAGGUAAACAAUGCACAGAGGGAGACACUCACUGAUUUCCAAGUCAUCCAAGUGACACUAUCAUCGACUGUCACAUUUUGCCAACACAGAAGCUCACUGAAAAGAAAGCUACCAGGCAGCAACCACUUGCAGUCAUCACACUCUCGAAAAUAGCAUGUUUCUGUUUGCGAAGAACACACACAUUCAGCAAUGAGACUUUUCAUAUCCAUGGUGUUGACAUCCAGGUUGUUCCAACCCUAUCAAAUAAAAUAGAUUCUGGGUUCCUUUAUGUGGAAUUCUACCUGAACGAGUAGUUCGAAGUUCUCAUGAUAAAAGCAAGUACAAACAUCAUGUGGCUUCUUAACCUUAAUCCAUUUUGGACGUAGGUUCCAAAAGCUCGAUUUUUGCACAGAAUUGAGUGCCUGCUUGGCUUGCAACUGUUGUACAAAGAGUUGAUAAGCUUGGCCUACGGUCAUUCACAUGUGUCGAAUGCCAAUGGGAUUCUUUUGGAUGUGAAUUACAUCACGUUUAAUUAGGAGACUGACGGCUGAUGGCAUCAUCACUGUAGAAGUCGAUGAUUUCUUGGACAAGGAGCGGAUCAAGACAGGUGUUGCCGCGCCAGUCAACAGGUACGGCCAACUUGCCGUAUGACUCACGAACAGAGAUGCUCUUUUGAGCCAGAUAGCGAGAGCAUUCGAAGUAUUCUUCAACUUUUCUUCGUCCCCAUUCAGGUGGAGCCAGGGUAAGAAGACGAAUCUGCUCGUCUCGGUCACUGGAGUUUAUCAAAAGCUUGAAACCGUCGAGAAGAUAUUCCUUAUCAGCAAGUUUAAGCGAUAAGUGACUUGAGAGCUGGGCGAUGUCUUGAGGGUGCCGCAAGGCUUCUGCCGCGGAUCGAAUCAGUUCGACAGCCAUCGUCACUUGUUUGUCUAGUUGAUUUGUCUGUCGCCUAAACGGAAACCAAGUUAAGAAAUGAAACAUACGACGAUGUACUUACACAUCUCUAAUCUUCUCAAUUCCUAGUAUCUGGAAUACCUGAUUCAGCAGUUCUUUGGGCUGUUCAAGCU